AUGAUGAUAAAGACAAAAUUAUUAAGAAGAAAAGUAAAAAAGAAAGUAAAACAAGGUCUUGAUUCAUCACUUGAUGCUCAUGGUUGGGAUACAACUCACUCCAUUAAUGGUCAAAAUGAUGAUAAAGACAAAAUUAUUAAGAAGAAAAGUAAAAAGAAAGUAAAACAAGAUCUUGAUUCAUCACUUGAUGCUCAUGGUUGGGAUACAACUCACUCCAUUAUUGGUCAAAAUGAUGAUAAAGACAAAAUUAUUAAGAAGAAAAGUAAAAAGAAAGAAAAACAAGAUCUUGAUUCAUCACUUGAUGCUCAUGGUUGGGAUACAACUCACUCCAUUAAUGGUCAAAAUGAUGAUAAAGACAAAAUUAUUAAGAAGAAAAGUAAAAAGAAAGUAAAACAAGAUCUUGAUUCAUCACUUGAUGCUCAUGGUUGGGAUACAACUCACUCCAUUAAUGGUCAAAAUGAUGAUAAAGACAAAAUUAUUAAGAAGAAAAGUAAAAAGAAAGUAAAACAAGAUCUUGAUUCAUCACUUGAUGCUCAUGGUUGGGAUACAACUCACUCCAUUAAUGGUCAAAAUGAUGAUAAAGACAAAAUUAUUAAGAAGAAAAGUAAAAAGAAAGAAAAACAAGAUCUUGAUUCAUCACUUGAUGCUCAUGGUUGGGAUACAACUCACUCCAUUAAUGGUCAAAAUGAUGAUAAAGACAAAAUUAUUAAGAAGAAAAGUAAAAAGAAAGUAAAACAAGAUCUUGAUUCAUCACUUGAUGCUCAUGGUUGGGAUACAACUCACUCCAUUAAUGGUCAAAAUGAUGAUAAAGACAAAAUUAUUAAGAAGAAAAGUAAAAAGAAAGUAAAACAAGAUCUUGAUUCAUCACUUGAUGCUCAUGGUUGGGAUACAACUCACUCCAUUAUUGCUCAAGAUGAUGACCAAGAAAACAACAGCAUUAAAAAGAAGAAAAAAUUUAUACACCUUGACUCAUCACUGGACACAACAGAGACCUUUUUAAACACCCCUUACCAAGAUAUUAAUUCUCAAGUUGGUGAUCAGGAAAAUAUUGUCAUUACCAAGAAAAAGAGUAAAAAGGAAGCGAAGGAAGGUCUUUAUUUAUCACCCGACACUGAUAUUGUGGGCUGUGGUGAUGGCCAUUUUAGGAAGAAAAAGAAAAAAUCAAAGAAAGGUUCUAUUAUGGGCCAAUAUAACUUUGGUGGUGAUAAUGUUAUUGAGGGAAUGACGGGGGACCAUAGCGUGUCUCCUGUUGCUGAAACAAGACUAGGUUGUGAAGUUACUGAUGAACAUUUGAAGAAGAAGAAAAUGAAGAAAGGUAAUAAUAGUAAUCGACAUAUUUCAUGGUGUGAAGAUACACUUACUUCACAGGUGUGUAGUGACGGGUUGAAUGACAGUAUGGAAUAUGAGUCAUAUAUUAAUGAUUUUCCUUCAGAUAAAAGCCUUCUUGAUGUCAGCUCUUUGUCUAUCACAGAGAGUUGUCCUGACAGGAACACAGAACAAGGUAACCAAGAUGUUGGGAGACCUAAAGAAAAUGAACAAGUGAGUCAAUCAACGGAUGAUUAUGAUUUUGAUGACGAGUGCUACUCCGUAUCAUAUAAAGCAAAAGCGAAGAAAAUGGGAACAUUACGUGUUGAUAAACGUUCAUAUAAUUUAUAUUUUGAUGAUGAUGGCUAUUAUAACAGUUUGUCUUCAAGAAGACACACUGGCUUUGUAAGACUCAGCAGGUUGGGCAAGAACAGGACGCUUGAGGAAAGGAUGUAUGAAUUUCCGCCUGGAGUGGGAGUCCCUCAGGAAGAGAUUGAAGAUAUUCCAUUGUCUCAUUGCCAUUGGACUUUAGUUCAGGAGAAACUAACAGACAAUGAAUUUACCAAAGAGGAAAUUGAAGAACAGGUGAUGGGUAAGCUUAACUAUCUUCGUGAUUACUUCAAGAGACUAGAAAUGGGUCAACUGACGGAGGAAGAAUUGAAGGAACGUCGCCCGACACACUACAACGAUCCCUACUUACCAACGCCUCAACAUCUAAAGUUUUUUGAGAACCUGAACAUCAAGAUAACAUGGGAAUUAAGCACACUCCAUAAGUACUGUCUCUUUAACACUCUGGGUUUUUGGUUCAGGGAGAUAUUUUUUGAGGAGACUGGAUUGAAAGUGAAAUCACAUCAUGCAUCGAUCGAAGAGGAUUUGCAGUUGUUGAGUAAUUGGCAGAGAUUUCAGGAGGAGUACAAAUUUUAUGACGCGCGGCCCCUGGUGUCAUUGAGGACGUGCCGGGUUUUUGGUGAUGGGGACAGAGUGGAAUUCCCUAAUUUUAAUUACAUAGACUUUUUUAAUAAAAGAAAAUUUGCACUCUAUUUGCUGAGAGGCUUACCUGACAGAGACACCACUUUUGCUAUUGACAGGCUGAAAACUAUGUGCACCUACUUGAAGGACAAUGUACUGGUGAGGUACAAGCGAAUUGUGACAGGAAGGAUCUUGGCAAAAAUGGAAUUCAUUAUAAGAAGGUUUGGUAGUAGAGACGCUUUUCCUGCUGCUGAACUGCUGAUUGGACCGUACACAACUGCCCAUUUUAAGACUUUCUUCGUGACUCACUUGAAGUUGCGGAACAUUAAAUUAAGAGACGGACAUUGGACGAAGGAAGAAGAUGAGAGGAUGGUAAAAGGGAUUAUGAAGGUGAUGAACGUAAAGUCCAUUGAAGAAGUCCUGUAUAAAAAAAUCCCAUGGAUAAAAAUUAUGCCUUAUGUUAAAACCAGAAGAUACCAUAACUUAAGACAGAGGUUCAUUUACAGAGUGAACAGGGGAGAUUUUAAUAAUUAAAAUAAGGUUAAUCAAGGUCAUUCAGAUUUAAGUUAAUGGAACAGUAUUUUCUCCCUUGAUGAUCAUUAACCCUUAACUAGUAGCUAAAGGUUCUCUACUCUGUUCCCAUAUGUGCAAAAAUGGAAUACAAGGAACUUCAAACUUCUAGUACUGAUGGCUGCUCUUCCCUACAACUAACUUCCACUGAUGAUGACCAACCUCCCCCAAUGUCCUCUGAAGAAAGCAACCCUUGCCCACAGCUAACUUCUUCUGAUGAUAAGUACAGUGACCCCUCGUUUAACGAACGCCUCGGUUAACGAAAUUUCGGUUAACAAACUGCCUUCCAUAAGGAUCUUCAAUUCGGUUAACGAACAAAAAUUCGGUU